AUGUUCCAAGAACCUAUUCCAUCUGUGCAGGAAUCCCUCGAAGACUUACUGAAACGAGUGUCUGACAGCUACAACCCGAAAAAGAAGAAAAGUUCAGGAGUUAAAAUCCAUGGAACUGCUAGGGCAAACAAGAAAAGAAAAGCUACCUCUUCCAUCUCUGUAGAGACUCCUCCUACAAGAGGAAGAGCUACAAGAAAUCAGAAGAAGCAGAGUGAGGCUGAACUUGAAAGAGCCUCAAAAGAGAGCAAACAAAAAGCUGCUGCAAAGGGAAAGAAAAAAGUGAGUGAGCCUAUUGAGGCAAUUGAAAUUGAGGAAAUGGACCUGGUUCUUCAUGAUAAAGACAAGGAAGAGGAGACUGUUGAUGCAGAGCCUUCUACCUUGGCAAAAAGAACCGGGUCUUCCAGGAAAUCUAGGAAAGUGCAAGUAGUGGAGGAAGAAGAUAGUGAAGAAGAAGAGGAAAUUGAUGAAGAACAGGACAAGAUGGUGAAGUUUGGCAAGAGAACAAUCUUGAAAGAUAGACUCCUCAGGGACUUGGAGGAGGAAGGAAUGGUGAUGUUGCUGGAGAAGCUAGAAAUUCAGGGUUGGAAGGACAUGGUCCUUCGGAUGGAAGGAAAACUUGCCAGAACUGAGAUUGUGGAGUUCAUGGCAAAUUGUGAAAUCAAGAAUGGCAGGGUCACUAGUGUGGUGAAAGGGGUGACUGUGAGCUUUGACGAUAAGGAAUUGUGA